GCUGAUGCUGGUGCUGGUGCUGGUGCCGAUGCUGGUGAAUGCAGGAUGGGAGGCCGCGCUUGGAGCAUCAGGUCAACCCGAGAAAAAAACGCAGGAGCCAGAGCCAGCGCGCCAUUACGUAAGCGAGGGCCGAUUGAUGGAUGAGCCAGGGCCGCUCGCUCGCCCACAACCGACUCUGGCCCACAACCAACCACCGCAUCAGCCAACCGCCGCAUCAGCCAACCUGCAGAUAUGGCCGACGACAGCACCAACGAGCCCGUGUCCGAGGCCGAAAGGGCCCGCCUGCGUCGAGAGGCCCGUCGCCAGAAGAUCCUCGCAGGCGGCUCGGCCCGGCUGUCGAAAAUCACCCAACAGUUUUCAGGAGUGCCCCCAGAGCCAGCCAGCGAGUCGUCCGAUCCGGUCGACGGCGCCCCUGCCAGCCACGAACCACUUGCCAGGCACCAGGAUAGCGCACCGCAAUCUGCAUCGUCUGAAGAGCCCUUGCUCCGGAUGCUGGCACCGAUGCCUGCCGAGCGACAGCAGCAGUCCUCCGACACGGCAGCAGCGCAAGCGCGCCUGAGCCGACAGAUGCAGCAGCAGACCGAGGAUAUGCUGCGGGAUAUGCAAGCCCAUCUUCCCCCCGAGCUCUUCAACCUUCUCCAGCCGGGACUCGGAGGGGGCGAAAUGCCCUCGUCGUUGCUGUCGGGCUUGUCGGGCCAGUCGCAACCCGGCGCUCCAGACUCGGCCGACCCCCAGGCGGAGCCGCCCCGUCUCGUCCAGCAGCGGGGCACCUGGACCAACUGGAUGCUCUCGGCGCUCCAGGUGCUGUCGCUGGUGCUGAUCACGCUCUGGACGCUCUAUUCGCUCCAGGGGCAGACUUUGGCUCGAUCUGGGGAUGGCGCGGACCAACUCAAGCAAAUCCUGUCGGAGAUGAACUCGAUCGGCACGAUUGGGUAUCAAGAAAGUGAACUGGAUCGUCGACUGCCUGUUUGGGCACUCCUGCUCAGCGUGGAGGUUGGGCUGCAAGCUAUUCGUGCAUUUGCUCUGCCGAGGGAGCCGCCGUCGCCAUUCAGCUUUGUCUCGCAGCUCAAGAUGUUCAACCCGCAGCUGGGCGCUGUCUUCGGGGCGAUUGUGCAGUACCACUCGAUCUUCAGAUCACUGGUAGACGACAUGGCAACCUUCCUGUUUCUGGUCGGCGUGGCCUUUGUUGUAUCGGAAUAUGCAGUCUGAUUACGUUCCGCGACUCAAAAAUGAGGAUGUCGUGCUUUGAGGUCCAUAGCUGUCUUUUCUUCUGGUGGCUCCUGAUACACACGUUGUGGAACGGGGGCACAUGCCUCCAGUCUAUUUGGUCUGGCACUGUGAGCGGCCCCUAUCGCCAGGGAGAUCAUGGACGAUUCCACCCAGAGCAAACGGGCUCGUUCUUGGUAUCGCAGCAUGGUGCGCGGAUGUUGAUCAGCAAGCCGAGGGGCUUGCCUGCCGGUCGUGGGACGCAACUGUCCGUGGAAUGCAAC